AUGAAAUUAUCUACUGUUGCCUCCGUUUCUUCAAUUUUUGUUGCUAGCGCCCAUGCUGCCAACUCAGAACAAGUUGCUUUCCUUACUGCGUUGGUAGAGGACUUUAAAGACCAUAAAGGCGACUACCUUAAAUUUUACCAAACCGCCAGUGACGUACCUGGAGUUUUAACUAGUUUGGUCAAACAAGUCGGAACUUACAAGGACGAUUCCUACACUACAUUAUUGGACGAUUCGGCAAUUAAUGUUGGAAGUUUGUCGAGUUUUGCCACAAACUUGCCAUGGUAUACCAGAAUUGCAUCUGAAGUCGGCAUUUCCGACGCCGAUAGCGGGUCAAAAUCUUCAAAAGCAGAAUCUUCUUCGGCUUCAAAAACUUCUUCCGAGUCGUCGUCGACUUCCGGCGGCGCAGGCAAGAUGGCGCUUCCUGUGGGUGCUAUUGUUGGAGCUGCAGCUGUAGCUUUGAUGUAA